UCAUGAAGUCAUACACGUCGAGGGUUUCUAAACAUCUUUAACGAACUCGGUUUACUGUUUGGAAAUGCAGUUUGUUACUGCUUAUACAGUUUCACAUCAUUUUAGCAUUUAUUUACAAAGUGUGUUGCGCGACAUUUUUACAAAGUUCAGGAUUGUAGGUUAUAAAAAGUGAAUUUCGGAACAGUCAAUAGUGUGAACUUGUAGAUACAUAAUGACAUCGUCAAAGGAAGAUCACACUUCCAAAGAGGAACUCAAAAGAGAGAAAAAAGAAAAGGACGAGAUAGAUUUUGAAGAUGUAGAGAAAUUGAUGGUUUUUGCAGCGACGAGACUCCAGCAAAACUUUUAUGAACUUCUAAGCGAUUGGAAUGAGUAUGAUCCUCGAAAACCUCACAUCCUCAAAAAUUGCAUUGGCACGGCUCUCUUUGGCCCACCAGAAGCUGAGGAAAAUGAGUCUCUGGAAUCAGUUGAAGGCGCACCUUUCCUGUACAAACCAGCCUAUAAAAUGAAAAAAAUUCAAGAAAUUUACGAUAAAAUCGUAGAGCAUGGAACGCAAAACACCAAAGAUAAAACAAUACUGUGUAGCUUAAUGUACAAUGUCACUUUUCAUAAGAAUUCAGUGAAGGCUGUGAUUGAUAAAAUAAAAAAGGCAGACAUGUUUAAUGGAGAUUGUUUCAUGGAGUAUGUACAGCCUGUUCCAUUUUUUAAAGUUUUGAAGAACUUUGUAGAAAAGAAAGAUAAAGACGAAAAGAAAGAUGAGAAAAAGUAUAAAAAGAACAAAAAGGUGGACGAGAAAAUGGAUCUGGACAAAGAGAAGGAAGAAGAAAAAAUGGAACUGGAUAAAGAGGAUGAAAAUGAAAAGGAACAUAAGUUGAAAACCACAAAAGUGGAACUUUACUACAUUGAUGUCAAUGCCAGAGUUUAUACAAGCUGGUCCGAUUAUUUAACAACAAAUAUUUUACCUCCUUGUAUUAUGGUUGUGCCUUAUGGAGGAGAAUAUCAAGGAGACGAGGGAGAGCAAUGGUCGGAGGAAACAUCUUACGUUUGGGUGGAAUCACACAAAUCACCAGCUUGCAAAACGAAAUAUUUAGGAUUAUUAGAUACUGCGGCUACUGUCGUUGGACUUGGAAGCAUGGGAGCUGCUUUGUUCAAUCCUGUUGGUGCUUCUGUCGCAAUUGCAGGUGCGGUUGUAGUGGGUGUAACUUCCCUGUGGACAAUUGGCAGAAGCUCUCAGGAAUUGGUAGAUCGUUCCAAACACGAUCAAUCAAUAAAGGUGACAAACAAACAAGGAUUCACCUGCUGGCUUGGAAUAGCGAGCAGCACUUUAGCAGUAGCUUCAACUGGCGGUUCAAUGCUCCUUUCGAGAGCUAUCAAAAAUGGAACUUCCAUCAACAAAGCCGCCCAAAUAACUCACGACGUAGUACAAUUUACUACAUUAGGUGCAACAGGAGUAGGCGCUGGAUUUUCCUUUUACAACAUAUAUGACACUUAUCAACAAACCAACACUGUUUCUAAGCAAGAAGUACUAAAUCUCGCAGCAACUUUGCUCCUACUCGGAAAUUCAGUCAUCAACCUCAAAUUAUCCAAGAACAUAAUAGAAAGCCACCAAACUUCUAUUAUCAAGGAUUACGAAACAAGCUUAAGAAGCAACCGACAUCGAAAAGAGUUUCAAAAAAUGGUCCGUAACACCAAAUCCAUCGUCUCGGAUCCAACAAAAGCGAAAGAGCAGAUAAUCCGUGGUAUCAACAGUAUCCAAAAUAAGGAUGAAUUUUUCUCCUUAAUACUGAAGAACAAAAAGAGUUUCGCCUCCGAAGGUGUCAAACCCGCUUUUGUGGAAGGUAAAGUUACGGUUAAUGGAAAGACUUUAAUGAAUCCAGUCGAUUUUGUUAAAGGUAUUACGAAAACUCAAAAUCCGGCGAAUCAAAUAGCCUUGAAGCCUGUUAUCGCACCAUCUACUUCUGUAGUUUCCAUUCCGAAUGAAAGCAUUUUCGAAAGUGCACUCGCGAAUUUCAUUCGGCGACAUACCAGUGAUUUCCUUAUCUUGAUAACGCCGAAAUUAAGUCAAUUUUUGCAUGUAUUGACUGAUAUAAACAGCUAUGAUAAUCCUGACAUCGUAUUUUCGAAACUACUCACCCUUGCUCUGAAAAUAGCAAAGGUGAUCAUUCAAGAUGAAUAUUCUGCUACUAAUAUACUCGUUCGGGCUGUGGAUUUCUUUUGGGAUUUCAUCAAAGCGAGUGUAAGGGAAACCUUAUCUGAAAUGUGUGGCGAGGCAAGGCAAUAUCGAGAAGUUUUGAUGAAAAUACUUGUGAGUUUGUAUUACAACGUCGAAAUUAAAUUAGACGAAUGGGUUUGUUCCUUCAAAGAAUAUCUUAGAAUAAAAUUUAGGGAGGUAGAGGACAAAGUAAAAGCGGCUUGCAGCAAUCAGUUUGAAAGAGUAGGCAAUGCAUCACGGUCACUCAUGUACAAUUGUACUACUUCGUAAAGUUUGAAAAAUUUUAACUUUAAGUUGUUUGUGAGAAAAAUGAUCGACUGCAACAAAAAUUAGAUUUUAAGAGCAAUAAUAGAAAAUGAAGUGCACUUAUAUUUGAUAUACUAUGCGCACAAGUAUGUUAUAAUCUCUAAUAUCAUAUUUUAUUACGUAAAUGAGUUUUCUGAAAUUCAUUUGAAUUAUUAAUCUUGUAUCGUUUGUCUUAUUUUGUUUAAUUAAAAUGUGCUAUUUAAAA